CCUGAGGUGCCUCAUUUUUCUUCCUUCGUGAAGUAUAUUCAUGACCUCUCUCUCUUUCUUUCAGGGAAUGAAACAAAGCUUGGCAUGAGUAGGGGCAUACCAGAACCAAAGCUUACAGCCAUGGAUGCCAUGAUUGACAAGUUGACAGGCGCAAUAUUUGUUUUUCAGAUAGUCGUUGUUAUUGUUCUGGGUAUUGCUGGGAAUGUCUGGAAAGAUACAGAAGCGCGCAAGCUAUGGUAUGUCCAAUAUCCAAAUGAAGGUCCAUGGUACGAGUUACUGGUCAUCCCUCUUCGGUUUGAGCUUCUUUGUUCCAUCAUGAUUCCCAUUUCAAUAAAGGUAUCACUGGAUCUUGUGAAAAGCUUAUAUGCCAAGUUCAUUGAUUGGGACAAUGAGAUGGUUGAUCCAGAAACUGGUACUCCAUCCCGUGCAACAAACACAGCAAUUAGUGAGGAUUUGGGGCAAGUAGAAUAUAUAUUGACUGAUAAAACUGGGACGCUUACUGAGAACAAGAUGAUCUUUAAAAGAUGUUUUUUUGGUGGAACCUUCUAUGGGAGUGAAAAUGGAGAUGCUUUAAAGGAUUCAGAGCUGCUUAAAGCUCUUGCCGCUGGUUCCCCAGAUGCUAUCCGAUUUCUUAUUGUCAUGGCAAUAUGUAACACAGUAGUUCCUGUACAAAGCAAAGCUGGAGCAAUUUCAUACAAGGCACAAUCUCAAGAUGAGGAAGCGCUUGUGCGUGCUGCAGCUCGCUUAAAUAUGAUUUUUCUUGAAAAGAAAGGGAAUAUUCUUGAUAUCAAUUUUAAUGCUUCAUUGGUCCAGUAUGAAGUGUUGGAUACCCUAGAGUUCACUUCUGACAGAAAAAGGAUGUCUCUGGUGGUCAGGGACUGCCAAAAUGGAAAUAUCAUACUUCUAUCAAAGGGAGCAGAUGAGGCUAUUCUGCCUCAUGCACAUGCUGGACAACAAACACGGACCUUUACUGAAGCUGUGGAACAAUAUGCUCAAUUUGGUCUGCGGACGUUAUGUUUGGCAUGGCGUGAUUUAGAAGAAGAAGAAUAUCAUGAAUGGUCAUUACUGUUUAAAGAGGCUAAUAGUUCAUUGGUCGAUAGAGAGUGGAGAGUAGCUGAGGUCUGCCAAAGGAUAGAGCAUGGCUUUGAGAUUAUUGGAGUUGCAGCAAUUGAAGAUCGUCUACAGGAUGGUGUGCCUGAAACAAUUGAGACACUCAGGAAGGCAGGAAUAAACUUUUGGAUGCUGACUGGUGACAAACAGAAUACGGCAAUACAGAUUGCCCGUUCAUGUAAUUUUGUUUCUCCUGAACCAAAAGGCCAGCUUCUGCUGAUUAAUGGGAGAACUGAAGAUGAAGUAGGCCAAAGUCUGGAGAGAGUUCUUCUCACAAUGAGAAUAACAAAUGCAGAACCCAAGGAUGUUGCUUUUGUUGUGGAUGGCUGGGCUCUUGAAAUUGUACUAAAGCAUUACCGGAAGGCAUUCACGGAACUUGCUAUAUUGUCGAGAACAGCUAUAUGUUGUCGUGUUACUCCAUCACAGAAGGCACAGCUGGUAGAACUCCUAAAAUCCUGUGAAUAUCGAACACUGGCAAUAGGGGAUGGCGGAAAUGACGUGAGGAUGAUCCAACAAGCUGACAUUGGAGUUGGCAUAAGUGGGAGAGAAGGACUGCAGGCAGCAAGAGCAGCUGAUUAUAGUAUUGGAAAAUUCAGGUUCUUGAAAAGACUGAUACUUGUCCAUGGACGUUACUCUUAUAAUAGGACAGCAUUUCUAUCCCAAUAUUCCUUCUACAAAUCCCUCCUAAUAUGCUUCAUCCAGAUUUUCUUCUCAUUCAUUUCAGGUGUUUCUGGAACAAGCCUUUUCAAUUCUGUUAGUUUGAUGGCAUAUAAUGUUUUCUACACAAGUGUUCCUGUUCUAGUCAGUGUCCUUGACAAAGAUCUCAGUGAAAGAACCGUAAUGCAGCAUCCACAAAUACUGUUCUACUGUCAAGCAGGAAGGCUUCUUAAUCCUAGCACAUUUGCUGGAUGGUUUGGACGGUCUCUCUUUCAUGCUAUUGUUGUCUUUGUCAUCACCAUACAUGCAUAUGCUUUUGAGAAAAGUGAGAUGGAAGAAGCAUCUAUGGUGGCACUUUCAGGAUGUAUUUGGUUGCAGGCGUUUGUUGUAGCACUGGAAACAAACUCUUUCACAAUAUUGCAACACAUCGCCAUAUGGGGAAAUCUUGUUGCUUUCUAUGUCAUCAAUUGGAUUGUCAGUGCCUUCCCAUCCUCUGGCCUGUAUACAAUAAUGUUUCGCUUAUGCAGACAGCCCUCAUAUUGGAUUACUAUAUUUAUCAUUGUCGCAGCUGGCAUGGGUCCAGUGCUAGCUUUGAAGUACUUUAGGUAUACCUACAGAUCAAGUAAAAUUAACAUACUUCAGCAAGCCGAACGUAUGGGAGGACCUAUAUUGACCCUGGGUAAUAUAGAGCCUCAGUCGAGAUCCUUGGAUAAAGAUGUUACACCUUUAUCAAUUUCUCAACCCAAGAACCGUACUUCUGUCUAUGAACCACUACUCUCAGAUUCACCUAGUGCUACAAGACGUUCUUUUGGACCAGGGGCUUCAUUUGAUUUCUUUCAGUCCCAGGCCCGGUUGUCUUCAAAUUAUACAAGAAACUGCAAGGACAACUAAUAUUGGCAGUUCUCCUGGCAGGACAUGCGGGAAUUAUACAGAUCACAUGUAGAAAAGAUAUUACAGUGAGGACACUAACUGUUGAUCCGUUCUUUUCAACUUACCAGCAUCUUAUUCUACACAUUUUCUAUGUUGCGCGUGUUACAGUUGCAUCAAACUGCCAAUGUCAUGCUCAGAGCUGUAUUUGGUAGCUUAUGGCGUAAAGAUCAGGACCGAUUACUGUUCCCAAGGUAUGAAGAUGCAACACGAUAGCACAGUUUGAUUAUUGUUUGUUGGAGAAACAGUGAAAUAUUUCGCAGAUUCUGACACCCCAUUUUUGAGGUGAUAUUAAUUUACGUACUCAAUUAGAAUGGAAUCAGAGGUCUAUUUGUCAUAGGAAUAUUCAUUUUUCACAUUUUUGUUUCUCAAGGACGAUGCUAUGAUUGGAUCUGUAUAAGAUUAAGGACAUCAAUGAGCUGGAAACCUCAAUUUCAGAAAAUGAAGUUCCUGUGUAGCAAUUGCAGUGACAUUUAUAAGUCAUAUUGACAAAAUUAGUGCUGGCAUUGAGGA